AUGCCGGAGGCCGAACCAGCCUCACAGCCAUCAUCAAGCACUGUGAAUGGAAUAUCAGCAGUAAAUGGCAUUUCUUCUGAAUCAGGUGUCAACGGAAUUUCAACCUCACUAAAUGGUACCACUACUGUUGAUGAAAAUGGUUCAGAAAACAAAAAUGGAUUGGUGAAAAAUGACAAAAUUUCUGAUCCGGAUGUCAAUGGUAACUUCAACAGUGUGAAGAAAGAUUCUGAAGUCAAGGUAAAUGGUGUGAAUCCAAUGGAAGCUUCAGUGGACUUAAAAACGGUCAAAGAAGAGCUGGCCAAGGUUACAAGGCCCACUUCUGAAUCCACAGAUAAGCCCAAACUCAAUGGAGUUGAAAAAAUUGACGGUCCUAUCCCUAACGGUACCGUACCCCCUGUAAAUGGCACCAAUAAUACUCCAGAAGCCCCAAAUUGUAACGGAGUAUCACAAAACAAAAGUCCUACUGAAGAGCGAGAGAUAUCGACCAAAAAGUCAUCGGAAAGCCCAGAGAAGUCGAUCACAUCUACUUCAGAAGUCACACCUACACGUAGCACACCACGACGAUGUUUGUCUCCAGUAAAUCAUGUUUCGCAACCGGUCGAAAAAGUAAACGGAACGGCCGUUCAACCGCCAACUGUCCCUCGAACCCCAACGUUCCCUGAGCUAUUACCCGGUAUGUUUUAUUGAUUUAUUUAUUCGUUUUUAUGAACUUUUUCUUGGAAAUCAAACUUUAAAUUAAAAAUGACCUUUUAGCUACAAAACAAAUUUCUAAAUUUCAAAAAUGUCAAAGACAAGUUUUUUAAAAGUGACAUUUUUUAACCCUAAAUUUAUAAAAAAAUUUUAGGAAUUCUAUCGAGUUUGAGUCACAAAUUCAAUGGAGUGGAAUGCCAGCUUAAUAUAUGCCCAAACUUGUCCGUUCCACCUUUUAAUCUAUCUUUCAGUACUAUUGGUACUAAUCUACAGCUAAUACCUGACGAUCGAAACACAAAAAUUAGUGAGAAUGAUGGAAAUCUGCUCGGAAUUUACCAGGUAAAACACCUUUAUGGAAAUUUUUUGAAUGACAAUGUAAAGCCAAAAAUUUUUAAAAGUUAAAAUACCAAACUUUUUUUACUGUUUCAGAUAACAUACGACACAAAAAUAAAGAAAUCUACUUUUAGGGUUACCGAGUACUAUCCAAUACCACACCGGCCAAUGGAAUGCGUAUUACUCUUCGCAAUAACAGCACUUCCAACUCAAACAAUUGGAAGCCUAUUCUGAAAGAAGUUAUGGCCAAAAAGUUCACCGAACCUUGGGAAAUCUUUUGCCUUGAAGUAGUCAACGACAUUACGCAAGUUCACCUGCUUAACCACGGUACUCCGACCGGCCGGCCCUUUAAUGUAGGACACAUUUGGCUUUUCCCUGUUGGUCAAAUCAUUCAAGACAAAGGUCCGAAGGUCGAGGAGAACGGAGAAAUGGUGGAAGAAAAGAAGAAAGUGGUACGAAAAGUUAAAAGUACUAAUCCAGAUGGUACUCCGAGGAAGAGGAUUGUCAAGAAAAAGGUUGUGAAAAAGACCGAGGCUAAAGAUACUAAUGAAGUUGUUCAAGAAGUGGCAGAAGAUCCGGCUUCUGUUAGCUACGUUAUCAAGCUAGGUCAGGUUCCUGCCGCUGAUGGGAUAAGCUUGGCUGAAGAAAAGGGAAAAAAUAUUGAAGAAAGAAGUCAAAAUUGCAAUGAAAUUGCUCAAAAUGGUGUAGAAAAGGCUCCUAACGGGCUUCAAAACGAGAGAAACAAUAUUGAGAUCAACGGAAUAAAGCCCAUAAACUCAGAUAUCCAAUCUACAACAUCUAACACACCAUUUACAUCCCUCGAACCAUCCUCCACAUCAAAAUCGCCAAACGAGUCAUGUAAAAACGAUGUUGUGUUAGAUCGAAAUGGCUCAAACACGCCAGAAACGCAAAUCACCCAAAACGGAGUGAAUAACAUAUCAGAAUCUUCAUCUAUCAAUGGUGUAAAUACAAAUAUAACUAAAAAAUUUAACGAUGUUACCGAAUCAUCGAAUAACGCAGAAAACAAUAGAGAUUCAACUGACAAAUUUUCUGUUGCAUACGGAGAAAGCAGCAAAAUCAACAAUGAUUUCGUAAGUUUGAUUACAUUCCAUAUAAAAACUGUAAAAUAAGGUAGAGUUAGUUGUUCAAUACAAAUAUUAUUAUAACACAUAUAAGGCUCAGAAAAAAUCUGUUACUUUAACUAACUAAAAAACGGAUUUUCAAAAAAAUCAAAAAUAUUACCUAAACUUAAAAAAUGUUACCUAAAAUUAUUAAAACACAAAUUUCAAAACAAAAUAUAAAAAAUGUUACCUAAAAUUUGAAACCCAAUACAAUUUUUAGUUCACAAAAACAAAAAUAUUUCUCUUAGUUUCUUCGAAACCCAGUUGAUUUGCCCAAAACAUUACCUUUGCACCGUGCAAAAAAAUAACAAAAAUUUUGCACGGUGCAAAGUUUUUCUUUCCAAACCGAAGAAUUUUCGACAAUUUUGUGCUCCGAAAACCCCAAAAAUUUGGCAAUUUUUGUUUUUCUCUGAUCUUCUCUGACCAUUCUCUCAUAUUUCCAUACUCUCUUUUGUCGCACGUCGGCCCUCUGUUCAUUUUUAUUGUUGCGCAAUCUCUUUUCGUCCCUCUCUCUUUCUCUGAUCGUCUCCCUUGAUCACACUCUCUCUUUCUUUCAAUGUUGAUUGUUUGCACCGUGCUAACCUUUUUUGGCUUCCCAAAAUCUCAGAUUUUUCUCUCAUCGAUUUGCCAAAAAAAUCGCAAAAAUUCGGUCGAAUUUCGGAACACAAUUUUGGGCGACAAAAAUUUGUUCUGCACGGUGCAAUCCGAAAAGAGAAGGGCGAGAGAAAGUGCGGUUUGAGGAGACGGGGAAAUGAAAAGGUGGAUCACGAAAAGUGGUUGCGCAACAAUGAAAAGGAAGAGAGGUUCGGCGUGCGACAAAAGAGAGUAUGGCAAUAUGACAGAAUGGUUAGAGAAGGUUAGAGAAAAACAAAAAUGGCUCAAUUUUUGGGAUUUUCAAAGCACAAAAUUUGUCGAAAAUUCUUCGAUUUUGGAAAACGAUUUUUGGCAACUGAAAUUCGGUUUGCACGGUGCAAAUUAUCGGGGAAGUGAGAGAGAGUGCACUUUUAAGAGACUGCGCAGUGCAAAAUUUUUGUUAUUUGUUUUGCUUCUUUUCGUGCGGGCUGCGAACGUUUCUGGCAGAGUGCGGCCAAUAAUCUCUGAAUAUUUUGAAAAAUUCGUCGAAUAAAAAGCGGAUUUUGGCGGACGAAAAAGCAGUUAGUUAAUCUUGUAAAGGAAAGAUUGCACCGUGCAAUUUUUGUUUUGCACUGUGCAAAGAUUUUUUUGGGAAAAGGGUUUGAUUUUAGAGAAACUGGAGGAACAUUUUGGUUUUUGUGGAUUGAAAAUUAUUUUGGUUUUUAAUAUUUAGGUAACAAAAAUAUUUUUUAUGAAUUUAAGUAACAUUUUUGACGUUUUUAUCUUGGACUUUGUGUUUCAAUAAUUUUAGGUAAAAAAAGAUUUUUUUAUAAGGUUUGUCUUAUUUCGGAAAAUGUGCCGUUUUGUUAUAGUUUAGGUAAAACAGAUAGUAAUUUUUUUGCAUUUCAUUUUGGCAGUUUCCUUAUUUUUAGGUAUUUUAUAAUAAUUUCGAGAUUUAGGUUCUUUAGAUAUUUAACCCUUUUGAUCCUCUUUGAAUUUUUACUUUGUUCCGUAAGUUUUAAUUUUUUUUUGAAUUUUUAGAAGUUUUCGUCAUCAAUCGAUUUACCAUUGACCACAUUGAAUAACAUCCUAUCGACGAGUAAAUUUGACCAGUCGUCUCGUCUCGAAACCGGACACCAAAAUGGCAUCGAAAUGUCAAGACGGACAUCAUCGCAACAGGUGAUACGAAACGAUGAGUGUCGUACGAACGGCCAUCACUUUGAAAGGGUAAGGGACUGAUAAUGAGGCGAUUUUCCGGCUUUUUGAGUGCUUGAAAGACGGGAAAACAUUUGAGUUUGUGUUUAAUUUUGCGGAUUUCCCUCCUGUUUCAAUCUUGUUUUAGCGCUUUAAUUUUUGUAUUGGGACUUUUGCUUGUUUGCGAUUUGAUUUUACAAUGAGAUAUUGGAGGGAUUUAGAGAACGUUUUUUGUCUGGUUUUGUAAAAAAAGGUUAAGAAUUAAUGGAGUAAAGGACGUUUACUUUUAAGAAUGUAGCUUUAUAAAAAAUUUUUAUUGUAAGUAAGGAAACUGCUUUAUGGAAAAAGUCUACACUAAUUAAGUCGUGUAAAUAAAGUUUACAUUUUCCUAUUUCCAGAAGUGUUCUCUCGACCCAAUUCUAGAAGAAACAGCUCUAGAACGCACCGUAUCACACCUUGAAAAAGUGUUGAAUACCUCAUCUUUGGCCGAAAAAUUGCCAAAAGAACGGCCAAUGCCAUCAACAACCACUUUCCCACUAACACGGCCGAACGUCAUCUCACCGACCUUGUCUAUGGCAGAUCCUUUAUCAAGUGCCACUACAAUUACCAGUGAAUUGUCGACGUUUAAAAAUGGCAACAGAUUUAGCGCAGAACCAGAAUCCGACUUGAGUGUAGCUGAUGAUUUAUCGUUUGCAUCAACUUUGACCAUGUCCGAAGCUCCUAAAAUAAAAGUGGAACGAGCGAAAUCAACGCCGAAUAGGGAGAAUGAAAUCAAAGUCAGAGGAAUGUCUAAUGUUCCUGUCUUUGCUCUACAGCUGGUUUUGAGCACUAUUAGUUAUAAGGAGGUAAGUUAAUAUUGAAAAUUGGAAAAAAGUUUCGAUUUUUAUUUUUUUAAGAGAGUUCUUUCUAUUUCUCUAAUUGUAAAGAAAGUUAUCUCUAAAACAGAUUUAAAAACAUUUUUUAUUUUUUUUAGCUAGCCCGGCUUCGCCGAGUGCAUCCGCACUGGGACGAAUUAUGUGGCCAACUCUUGAAUUCCGGCUAUUUUGAACUCAUUCACAAAGCAGAUAUCUUAAUGCAAGAAUGUCAACGUCGUGUCAUAAAUGAUGGCAAGUUUCAACGACCACUACAGGUUUUGACGAACCUACAAGUUCAUGUUUUGAAUCCGGUCGAUAUGUUAAGGGCAGCGAUGGAUGAAGGCGUUUUGUGCUUCCCUUAUGGCCAAAUAUUGGAUUCAUCAUUCAGCUUGUUGGAUAAAAUUGAAGAAGUUAUGAAUUUGUGCGAAGACGAUGGAGAUGUAAAUUUUUUUGGUGUUUGUAAAGACAGUUUUUGUACUUCAUAUCACGUAAAGAAAUUUUUUUACUAAUUGAACGUUUUGUCAUUUUUGAUUUUACAAAGCUGGAAAAUUAAUUAAUAAAUACACAUUUUUAUCUUAAAGAUGUACUUUUACCUAUAUCUAUAAUAAAACGACAUUAUUCUAGCUCAUUCCCCUUAACUGGGAGAAGAUUUCGAUCCUCUCAAAACGCGCCUCCCUACAUUAUCGUCGAUUUGUCGAGCCAGAGGUGGAGAAACGAAUGAGUGAAGUAUGCAAAUUAUCAGCACAACAACGUCUACAACGCCUUGACAGUUUCCUCGUCGAAUCUACCGUGUCCAAGCUAGAACAGCGACAAAUUGAGAAUCGAGAUGAGUUACAUUGGGAAAUGGAACAGCUGAAAGAACAGAAUAAAGCGCUGAAAAAGGAUAACAGAGAGAUGAAAAAGACGUGUGCUACAUUGGAAGGAAGGAUUGACGCAUUGGAAAGAAAGUUCAAGACAAUGGCACGACUUCUACAGUCUUAA